AUGGAUAUCAAAUCAACAAUGGUUUACAACACUCUAUUCCUUACCAAAUAUUUUGUAUCACUUCCAAAUGAUAUCAUAAUUGAUAUCAUUCAUUUACUUCCUCCACGUUUAAUCGAAUGCUUAAUGAAUACAAAUGCAUUUGAUUUAGGGGUUUAUGAUGAGUUCUUGAAGCAUCUGAUUGUUUGUAAAGAAAAUAUAUGUGAUACUUAUAUGUCAAUCGGAUCGAUGCUAGACAAACCCUAUGAAUCAUUUAGUUAUGUGAAAUUAGAUAUAACUCUAAGCCAAUGGCCAUUAAAUUUUAGACCACGAAGUAUUCAUAUUCAUGGUGAUCAUAGAGAUUUGGUAAGGUAUAUAUCUUCCAAUCAUGCCUUUAUUAGUUUUAUUGAAGAUGUUAGAAUUUCGGUAAGAAUGAAUUAUGGACACCUGAGAGGAACUAUCAUAUCUCCAAAACUAUUUGAAAUUCCAAAUUUGAAAAGUUUGGAGAUUCAAUAUCAUUUUGGCUGCACUGGAUUUAUAAACAUCCCAUUCGAAAUUAAUCAUAAAUGUGAUUUGUUAGAUUUGAAACAAUUUUUGAAGAAGUUAGGAAGAUGUAAAAAUAUUAAUGAUGUUCUUCAAAACUUACCUACCACAAUUGAUUCCUUCACUAUAAAUGGUAUUAAUAAGUUAGCUACUAGAUUUACUCAUUUAAUCAAUUUGAAAUCGUUAUCUGUUACUAAUAGCAACAUAGACUCGUUAAUUUACCUACCAUAUUCUUUAGAAAAUCUCACUUGUUUUGGGAGCCAAUUCAAAGAGAUGAAAGAUGUUAGAUGGCCUUCUAAUUUGAAAACAAUUGAUAUGGAGGCUUCCGGAAUUAUAUAUGAUGAUGUGGUUACAUUAUCUAAUUGGCCAAUUGGAUUAAUAUCUUUAACCUUCAAGCAAAACUAUACUCACUACAUUAUAAGUGAUUUACCAGAAAGUUUACAAUAUUUAGAAUUGACUCCAAUUAGAUAUGAUAGUUAUAUUCAAAUUCGGUCUCAAUCAUUGUUUGGGGAACAUUACACAUUUCCUGAAUCUUUAAUAGAGGUAAAAAUAUCAUGCAUCCAUUUUUCAAAUUUUGUUGAUCGACCUAUGGAAUUUCCUAAACGGUUAGAGAGAUUGGAAAUAACAUCAAGCCUGAUCGCAUUAGAUGAUUGUAUAUUUCCAACAACAUUAACGUAUUUAGAUUUAAGCUACACUACCAUAAACAGUUUAGAAGCGUAUAAUUCUGAAUUUAAAGAUUGGAAUCAAUUAGUCAAUUUAAAGUAUCUAAACUUGAAAGGAUCGUCUUUGAAACAAUAUGGAUUAAAGAAUUGGUUACCCCCCAGAAGUUUAAACAUUCUUGAUUUAAGUAGUACUAACAUCAGAAGUUUAGAUAUUCCAAUGUUCAAGGAAUUAAAUAAAGAAUAUACCAAAAAUCUUACUGAAAUAGAUGUCUCUAAAACUGGCAUUGUUAGAAUACCACAAAAUUUUUAUCUACCAGAAAAUGUUGAUCAAUUUCAUAUAAGUGAAAGUAGGUUGAACCCUAGUUUACUUCCCGUAACUAUACUUAACAAGAAAUUUACAAAGAUUAUUUCUCCACUUUUACCACCCUUGCACAAAUUAUAUAAUCCUUAUCUUAUAUAG